AUGAAGUACCAUCUGUCUUUCGUGGCUUUCAUCGCCAUCGGCUUUGCCGCCGCAGAAGGCAUUCGGGGCGAAGCUCGCAUCGAGAAGAAAAGAUCGGAUUCAGAUCUGUAUUCCGUUCCCGUCCCCGACUCAGUGCACAUAGAGUCGUACCCUGCAAUGCCACCGCCGGUAGAGCCUACCGACAUCAGCUCCGACGACUCGUGCUCCACGGCCCUUACCACAAUCACGACCACGCGUACCGUCUCCGUCAUCACGCAAAUCCCUUCCAGCCUCGCUAGUGUAACCGGUACCGUCGAUAUGAGCUCCUCCAUGCCUUCUCAGUCAGCGCCUUCGACUAGUGAGACCGGCCUCAUAGAACUCACUACUUGGCUUGCGCCACAGCCAUCGAGCGAUACGACGACGGAUCUCAUUCCCGCCCCGAGCAGUGUCGCUUCUGAUGGUGAGGAGAGCAGUGCUGCGCCUCCGUAUGCUCCUGCUCCUAGUGAUACGACGACGGCGACCGCUAUUAUUGAACCGACUCCGUCCACGUCGAGUGCUUCGGAGCUGCCGGGGUUUACGGAUGCUGCUGGGACGGUCGGGGUGCCGGUGAUUGUUGCUGGGGUUCUUGGGUGGGCUGCUUUGGUGCUGUAG